AUGAAUUCCAGAAUGAAGCAGAAAAGAGAAGAAUCCAAAGGAACAAUAAAGAAUUAUUUCAUGGACAAAGCAAAUGACAGUCUUCUACCAAGACAAACACUCAAGAUGAUUCAGCCAUCUGUAGCUGGUUCUCUGGUUAGCAGAGUAAAUGAGUUAAACUCUAUGAAGGCAUCAUCCAAAAGGAAGCUUUGGAAUGAUCAACUAAUAUCCAUGUCUUCUAACACCGAUAUUGCUAUAGAGCCAGAGCAUAGUGAAAAUGAAAAUCUUGAAGGAGUCUCUCAAGAAGCUUUUGAUCUCAUGAUUAAAGAAAACCCUUCUUCUCAAUACUGGAAGGAAGUGGCAGAAAAACUGAGAAAGGUUCUUUAUGAAAUACUACAAGAAAAUGAGAAACUAUACAAAGAAAUCGAACAUAAGGACAAUGAAAUUGCCCACCUAAAAGAAGAAAAUAAGGAACUGGCAGAACUAGCAGGACAUGUGCAAUAUAUGGCCGAUAUAAUAGAAAGGUUAACUGGGCAGUCUGUAGAAAACUUUGAAUUACAGGACAAUCUAGCAUUUGAGGAUUCUGAUUCUGGAAGAGAAGAAGUAGACAAAGAUUCUGAAGAAAAUAGCCAGAUCGACACAUAUGAUUGA